AUGCACUUGCAGCAUCAGAAAGAGAAGAAGCAGCAGCAGGAGUUGACCCGGAACCUAACGAAUAUAGACGCGCUGUGCGUGACGCCGCGCAACAUCGAACGGCAGGACUACUUUGGGUCGUUCUUCGAGCUGCUGAAGAAACUGCCCGAGGUAACGGGGAGCCGCGCCGUCGAGGAGGCGCUUGUGCCGGUCGUCAAGAUGAACUUUGACGGCAUCAAGAUUGAUUUGCUGUUUGCGCGGUUGGCGCUGAAGGAGCUUCCGCACAACUUUGACCAGCGCGACGAUAUGCUGCUGAAAAAUCUGGACCCCAAGUUAGUGCGCAGUCUGAACGGGUGCCGCGCCACGGACGAGAUCUUGCGGCUGAUGCCCAACAUUGACAACUUUCGGCUGGCGAUUAAUAUUUGGGUUUUCUUCUUUUCACUGUAUUUAUCUGUUUUCAGAGCAUGGAAUCUACUCCAACUCUUUGGGUUACUUUGGGGGUGUGUCGUGGGCUAUGCUUAUGGCCAGGACGUGUCAGCUCCCGAAUGUCGUCGCGGCCACGCAGGUGCACAAGUUCUUUAUGGUGUUUUCGCGCUGGAAGUGGCCCCAGUCGGUUUUCCUGAAGUGGCCAGACACCGUGAAUCUGGGCUUUCAAGUGUGCUAUCCGCUGUUUCCGUGCACCUGAUGCCGAUCAUCACGCCGGCAUAUCCGCAGCAAAACUCGACCUUCCACGUCAACCCGAAGUGCUUCGAGCAGCAGGAGCAAAACCAAAAGGACGACGGCGGCGAGGGCGCAGACAACACUCUGGUGCACAUCAAGGUCCUCGAGACGACACGCAACGGCAUGAAGAUAGAGGCGCGGCAAUUCCGGCGGAAGCAGCUUAACCAGUACUUCGACCCGAACCUGCUCAAGCGGGAGCGCAAAAACCAGCGACUCCGUCGCCGUCGCAAAUGCGCAAACGACCUGCUCAGAAAAAACAGGAAUCCGAUUUUAAACACGCAUAAGUUUUCGAAAUGUAGCCGUAACCUUGUGCGUCCACUGAGUUUACUCAAGAAGUUUGCUCGAUUUUUUCACUGGGGAUAAAAAUUGUCCAGUUCUAGCAAAACAAUGCUAAUCAUUUGUUGCGUCGUAAAUGCAAGCUUCCAGCGGGAUGCCCACGUCACAACCGCAGCAACCCAGCGUCGGGAUUCCUCCGGGAAAAUUUUACAGGGUCCGCCACCGGGCAAACGCUGAUACAGGGGACGGAUCCAAACACAAACCCGAUGCAGACUGGUCCGCCGUUCCCGCCUCCAAACGCUGGAGUCUCUUCGAAAUCAGCAACAUGGAAUCAAAACAUUCCUGCUCCGGGAUUUGGACCUGCUGACGAUGAGAUUUUUUUUUGUUCGAGACGACGGUAGGAGGUGUACAGGUUGCUAGCCAAACCGAUGCGGGAACAUCAUGUAACUGACCUGAACGAGGGGCAGAACAGCAGCGAGAUAGUGUCGACAGAAAAUAACCAGGGUCACAUCAGACGACGAUUGGAAUCUGAUUCAAGAAGCGGAUCAGGAUGUUUUUUUAACGGUGGCGAUGGCCGGAGGUGAAGACGAUUAGCAGAUUCAACUGCACUUGCAGCAACCGAAGGUCGUCACAAGCACCAGCAUAUCGAGGGCAUCGGUAAUCAGUGACUUGCGUCGGAUGAUGACAGCAUUGAAGGAUUUUUCAAUCAAGUAAGUUUAGCAGUUUCAAUUUCUUAAAGGUAGAAAACAUAGUUAUUGCAUCUUUUUAUUUUGUUCUUUUGUAACUUUGUCUCUCCGUUAAAUCUUGAAUUUUAAUUUUUAUAUCAAUCAAUCAUUGUAGUGUUGAAUAUUCAAAUUUAAUCGUUAAAAAAACUCAAAAUCAUUCAUGAAAUCGACAUACAAAAGCUAUUGAAAUUUACAUCGGAUUGAAGAUUCAACUGAGUAAAAGUUUUUUUCCUGUUCGGUAAAUUUACGUCAGUUUCAUUGGAUAUUUACGUUUGUCGGCAACGUGUUGCUGAAGUACCAAGGUAGGUGGACAUCACUUGACUUACUUGGCCCUUACCCCCAUUUCGAGCUUCCAAAGAAAGCCAAUCCGACGUUUACCAAUUUUAAUUGGCAGAAUCUAUAUCAACCAAAAAGCAAACAAAUUGAGGAGCACAAGAACAAAAAGGCUCGAAAUUCAUAAAUAAUUUUAAACAUCUCAUGUUUCUGAUGUUUGUUACUUUAUUUCAAUUGUUUGAGCGAAUCAUUUUUUAAUAUAGUUAAUUAUAAUAAUAUUAAAAAUAACGGAUUUAACGCAUAAUUGUGAGAGCAAGUAUCGAGCGUAGCAAGAGAAAAAAAUGAGAGAGAGCGCAAGCCAGAGUAUUAAUAAUCUGCCUUGCGCGCUCUCUCGUUUCUCUUCUCUCGCUAUGCUCGUUACCUGCACUCGUUCCAGGCAGGCCAGGCAAAAACAGUCUGAAGUGAAACGUUUGUGCGGCUGGUUGUUGUCUACGUUUUGUGCGCAGGUAUAAUUUUCAAACAAAUCAUUUGAUUUACCAGAUACUUUGUUUAUAUUUUUCUUGUUGAUCAUUUCAGCGCCGUGGAGAACUUGAAACAACGGAACAGCUGGUGAUGGAGGAUUCAGCGGCAGCCGACCGACAAAACAAAAUCGAAGCGAACGCACGAUUGGCAUUAAUCAAGGAAAUCAUCUGAAUCAUCAGAUAAGUACACAUAUUUGAAUGUUACAUUCUGCUCGAUACUUUGUGAUUUUUUUUUCUUUUUUUUUCAGGUUUGGACGACUUUGGCAGUAUGAUCAACCGAACAGAAUCGGCAAUCAACUAGAAUUAAAGCCAAAAACGUUUUAAUAUUAUUGGUGUGAACCAUCCGUCAAAAAGUGAACAAUUCUGUAAAAAUUAGGUAGGUAAAAAAUGCUAGAAAAACUUUUAAAAACCAUUUGAAAACUAUUUCUCAAAUAGUGGAACUGGGAGAAAAUUAUAGAAUUAACCUUAAAUAACCAUGUGAAAACUAUUUCUAAAAUAGUAGCGCUCGGUAAAAAUAGCAAGAAAAACCCGAAAAAACCAUUUACGAACCAUUUGUAAAACAGUAGCAGCAAGGUUUAAAAAUUGUAAGAAAAACCUUAAAAUACCAUUUAAAAACCAUUUCUGAAACAGUAAAAACCGGAGCAAAAAGGUCGCUUCCACGCGAAAAUUAACUUUAUUUUUACCAUUACACAAAUGGUAAUCUGACGAAACGUUGUUCGGAGAUUUUUAAGGUUACCGUUGCUAACCACCCUCAAUUCAGAUGGUCGAACUUUAUGAUAAAUGGUAGGGUACCAUUUCCGAUAUGGUAUUUUUAAGGUUUUGCUACCAUUUUUCAAAUUGUGGUUACGAUCUCUGAAAUGGUGACAAAACUAUUUAACAAAAAGUUCUUUUAAGGUUCUCGUUUAU